UUAUAAAACCAGCCAAAUUUAUAAAUUUUUUCAAAUAUAAAAAAAAAAUGCUACUAAGAAGUUCAUCAAACCCAUCACUAAAUUCAUGGUUUCAACAACAUAAUUCCAAACCAUUGUCACCAUGUACAACAGUUGCACUCACUAGAGCUUCAUCAGACACCGAUUUAACAAACCUUAAAACGAUAUCUCGAUGUAAAAGUUUACGCGUUAAUUCUUCUGUGCUUUCAAAUAUAUAUGUAGUAGAAGAUGUUAAAGCUGAGGAGGAGACCGAAAGUUAUGAUGGGUGUGGAAUGCAGUUUUUGAUGGAUGGAAAUGGUGGCGGUUUUGGUGGCCGAAACAUAUGUGGUCAUGGAAGUGGCGGUUAUGAUUAUGGGAGUGAUGAUAAUGGGACGGAUGUGUAUUAUAAGAAUAUGAUUGAAGCCAAUCCAGAUAACUCGUUGGUUCUUGCAAAUUACGCGAAAUACUUAAAAGAGGUACGAGGUGAUGUUGUGAAGGCCGAGGAGUAUUGCAGUAGAGCAAUAUUGGCAAAUUCUAGUGAUGGGAAUGCUUUGUCAAUGUAUGCUGAUUUGAUUUGGGAGACACAUAAGGAUGCGUCUCGUGCAGAAAGUUACUUUGAUCAAGCGGUCAAAGCUUCUCCAGACGACUGUUACGUUAUGACUUCUUACGCACAUUUUCUUUGGGAUGCUGAUGAAGAAGACGAGGAAGAAGUUUCAACUCUGAAUCAACCAGCACCGAGUUUCUUACAUGAAGCUUCACAACAGUUUCCAAUUGCUGCAGCAUCAUAGGAAUGAUUCCUUUAUUUUAUAGAACAGAUAAUUAAGUAGUAACUUUCUGACCCGUCUUUGUUUCCUUGGUUCGUGUACUUAUUUAAUCCAUUCAGUCAUUUUAGAGUUCUAGAUAAUAUAUGAUAUCAAUAAGCUAUAGUUUUUAUGUCCAAAUUCAGUCAAUUUUGUAAGUAGAAUGUGCAAAGGUAAUAAAUUGAUGCAUUAAUUUGAA